AAAGGCAAACAUAGUACAGUAGCUAUGGUUUAAAUUGGAAACUAUAUGGCUCGGGGUACCAUGUCUUAAUCUGAAACCGGACUUCCCGGCAAUAGAUCAAGUUAUUAUUGCAAUAUUAUUAAGAUGUCAUUGAUGGAAUUCGAAGUUGGUAAUCAACCAUAAAACUAAAACAAAGCGUACGUGCGUGCGACAUGGUCAUACAAGGAAGGGGGGCGAACUUCCCAUGAAAGGAAUGAGUACUUCCUCAAAAUUAUAAUAUAUCAUUGUGUGGAUUGAAUUAUACUGUGUGGUAUACUCUAAAGUAUUCAGCAACAAUGUUUCUAUUGAUUAUUAUAUUCACAAACUUUGGGACUUUGAUAGCUGAUGAUGCAAAGAGUGACGGAAAUCUUCAAUGCUUCAACGAUUAUGACAAAAGUAUGGUUUGUCAUUUUACAACUGACAAGUCUAAGUGUGCUGAAUACUACAUGACAUUGGAAUUAUUGGGCGCACAAAAUAUAGUCCAGAAUGAUUGUACUUUCAAGGAAAAGGAGAGGUCCAAUGAUGUUUUCAAAUGUGGAUGCUCUAUUGAUCCAAUGGUCCUUAUUAUUGGGGAGGAGUUUAAUGCAACACUUUGGAAUUCUGGGAAGCGCCUAAAUUCCGAAGUCCUUUGUAUCAAAUGCAGCAUAAAACCCAAAACCCCCACCGUCCAAAAGGUGAAACCAACAGAAAAUGGGAAUUUCCUGGUCAAAUGGAAGACAAACUACCCUGAUGAUGCACCGUUUUCUAAGGAAUUGAUUGCCGAAUUGAGCUACAGAAAGAAAGGAGAAACAGAUGAGGUGUCCAAAAAUGACUCAACAACUUCCUAUGAAUUACUUGGCAGAGACUUGGAGCCAAACACCAUUUAUGCUCUGAAGGUCAGAACUUAUACUGGCAAGAGCGACCGUUUCAGUGACUGGAGUGAAGAGUUGGAAUUCACCAACCCUGCAUCAUCUCGGAAAGUACUCCAGAUUGUCAUUGUUUUCAGUUGCAUUGCUGUUAUCAUCAUCACAAGUGCUUUAUUUUGGUGCAGUGUUAGACUCAAAACCAAGUGGUGGGAUAAUAUUCCUAAAUGUUCAAACCCAGACCUUUUGUAUAUGGUUCCAGGAGUGCCUAAGGUAUUGUCUCCUCCCAAAAUACCUUUAUCCUCCAUCUAUGUUGAUUCUUCAAAAAUGGACACUGAAGGAAAAACAUGGACAAACCCCUCGUUAGUAGAUGGGAGCAGUGGAAUAGGUAGUGGCUCAGAGCUUGACUCAUCAUCUUCCCUGGGUUAUGCCCACACAUGUCCCAUGAGCCCGGAGCCUAGUAAUGUGCAGAUCAUUAGUCAUCUUCAAGAGGCCCUGAGCAAAGUCUUUCCCAGCCUUGUUCCUUUGGACGGGAAUCCUCAGUCAUUGCUCUUAGCCCCUCCUAUGACAGAUGAUGGUACACAAAUGAACUGCCCUGAGCCAAAUAGAGACAUUGGUGUGUGUUCAUCUGACUACAAUCCUCUUCAUUUCAUGAGUGAGUCUGCAGGCUCUUGUGGGUCGUCUUGUUACAACAAUAUUACCUACUCCCCCUCAGUGCCCCUCAACUCCAUUCAAGAGUUAACAACAAGCAAGACAUCCUCAUUUCCUAAGCAGCCUCUGCUCUUUUGUAACUCCUCCUACCAUUCUGGUGAGGCUGAAGUGUUGAAAAAUGUCCAUCCACAGCUGUUUCUUGGUACUGGUCAACAAGACCUUAACUUGUCCACUAACUGUGCACCCCUCUUGCAAACCGAGUUUUCAUAUCACACGUGUGAUGGCACCAGUGAUGAUUCAGAGACUACCACGUCAGCAGAGGACACCAGUCUGAUCUAUGGCUCUAAUGACAGCAAUGUGUCCGAACCUCACAAUGUUAUCAGUGUCGUUGCUGGAUAUCAGAGCUUCAGUGAGGCGGUCGGUAAGGACAAUAAGAGAGGAACUGAUGCCUUCAUGGAUGUGUCACUGCCACUUGAGGGUUUCCAGGAGGUGGACAGUAGCGAGCCACUGAUUUAUGAUGUGAAUCCAUGUUACCACAGCCUGCCUGACCCUGGAUGCUGCCUCCCCCCGAGUGAUGUCGAUUAUCAGACUUUACAGAGCCUGGGACAAAAUAGCCCAGAUCAUUGGGUUUCAGACAAACUGCUGAACAAGUGUUUGGAGACUGAGAUCCCUCAAAGCUCCAUGAGGAACAUACCUCUAAAUGUCCUGUCCAACUCACAGGAAGGACAAUAUCCGAUACCUGGAAAUCCCUUUCUUACUUCUUUCUGUUCAGACCAAGCCAUGCAAAUAGACAAUGACAGCUCCUAUCAUUGUGUGUGAUUCUACGGUAGACACUUUUGCACUUUACAAUUUAUUUUAUUUUGGGGACUUGAGCUCAUAUAUAUGUUUUUUAUAUAUUAUACAAACAGUUUGAAUACCAUUCUGCCAUGAAAAUGCUGUAGCCUCAAGUCCAGAAAUGUUCCACAUUUUGGAUGUACAGCUUCUGUAAAUAAACAUGUGUGUGGGGAAACUGCAACAGUUAAUUGUUGAAGAGAUAUAACAUGUCUUGUCUUUGCCUCAUCUGGCUGAAGCAUGUUGUUCAUCAUCUGGGAUGUAAAAAAAUAAGGAUGUGUACUUCAGUUGAAAUACUGAGCAAUAACAUCUUGAUUAAACAUCAAGGUCGUCAAACUAGUCUCCAGCCUCUGAAAGUGACUUCUCUUCUAAAUAGCUUCCCAAAAUAGUCAAAUAGUCAGACAGUUUCAUUGCAUCUGAUGUUUGAUAGGCUAAAUAGUGUUAACAGUACAAGCCACAUGCAAACAUUGAGGUUGGAUUUCUGAUGAAAAAGUGGUAGGCCUACUUCCUUAUUCUGCGCUGUUCCUUUAAACAGGCACAUUGCAGCUUCCGUGGAAAUACACGCCCAGAAAAUAGAGCCAGCCUCUGAUGUCAUAGAUGUGUUGCGAAUCAGGUUAAUCAACAAAAAAAAUAUUUGUUAAGGGUUAUUUUCUGAGGAUGAAGUUCAUGUUUGAAGUGUUUAUUGUAGAAAACAUAAACACUUUUUUCCCUUCAAAGCUCUUCGCUUAACUGGUGAAGCUUGAAUAAAGAUUACCUGACUAGUGACACACAUAGCGAUGGUUUAUCAUGCAGACUAUUGAGAGGCGUUUGCCACAGUUUAACCAUAAAUAAUAGUAUAUGAUUGGAAUAACUGAGGCAUUCAGCAUAAUUUCUUUCAUGGUAUUGUGGCGAUUUUGUGACAGGCUGUUUUUGAACAAAGGCCAAGAGAAUUGUAGAGACACCUGAGGGGAUGGUGAAAGGCCAUUUUCACAGAGCCACAGUGUCACGUUCUGACCAUCGUUCAUGUUUGUUUUCCUUGUUUUAGUGUUGGUCAGGACGUGAGCUGGUUGGGCAUUCUAUGUUGUGUGUCUGGUUUGUCUAUUUCUAUGUUUGGCCUGAUAUGGUUCUCAAUCAGAGGCAGAUGUUAGUCAUUGUCUCUGAUUGGGAACCAUAUUUGUGUUGGGUUUUGUGGGUGAUUGUUCCUGUCUUUGUGGGUUUUUUUCUUCUCUUUCUUUUCUUCUUUCUCUUCUUCAUGGUUCUUGUUUUGUAGAUUGUUGUACUUUCAUCUUUAUUAAAGAUGCACAAAACUAACCACGCUG